GAAUUUAUUUGUACCGUGAGGAAGAACAUGAGGUUGUGCUAAUGAAGAUUAAUGAAUUGUAUUGAGAAAGCUUUAAUAAACGUACAUUCACCAGUUACUAUGGUAACUAUGAUGUCAACAAAUCGCUGAACCUCAAGGCCCGGCUAAGCAGGCGAUCGAACGUGUAUAUAGAAUGUUUACGCUGCUCAAUGUUAAGUGCAUGGUAAUUUUACAUGAAGCUACGAACGUUUCUGAACAGUUAUGUAGGCACGAGUCAAGGUGACAGACAGGUGUAAAAAAUGAGAUUUAAAAUAUCUGCGCAAAGUCGUAAUGGUCACAAGCGUUUGGUAACUUGUGUAGCAUGGAGCUCGACAGAGGAGAUUUAUUCAUGCGGGGAGGAUCAUUUAUUAAUAUCGUGGCAUUUGGAAGGUGGAAUCGCGCAUUCCAGUAUUGUUACAGAAUUUCCAGAUGACUUUUAUCCGACAGAUAUGCAAUGGCACCCUCGGCCGAAUUAUGCCACGCUAAUUACGAAAAAACAAUCAUUGGAUGUUCUGUUAAUUACUACAGCCGAUGGAAAAUAUCAUUUAGUUAAUAAAAAUGGACGUAUAGAAAAGAGCAUAGAUGCUCAUAAAGGAGCAACAACAGUAGGCAGAUGGAGUAGCGACGGCUCUGCGCUUUUGACUGCUGGUGAGGAUGGCUUGAUAAAAGUAUGGUCACGUAGCGGUAUGCUUCGUUCUGUUGUUGUUAAAGGCAUGUUCCCCAUAUUGUCUGCUGCCUGGAGUUCAGAUUGCACAACAGUGUUAUAUUCCCAGGGAGCUCACUUAAUUUUCCAGUCACUUAAUUCAAACUCCAAACCUCGAAAGUUGUUGGCCCAUGAUGGCCUGAUUUUGGUUUUAUGUUGGAGUCACACUCAUGGACUGAUCAUUUCUGGCGGUGAAGAUUGCAGAUACAAGGUAUGGGAUCCUAAUGGCACGCAGCUAUUUUCUAGCAGUGUUGAAGAUCAUCCUAUUACAGCAGUGAACUGGAGUUUCUCUGGCGACUGCUUUGCUGUUGGAUCAUUCAACACAGUUAAACUUUGUGACAAAACAGGAUGGUCUCAUUCGUUGGAAAAAAUAAAUUCUGGAAGCAUAUACAGCAUUGCCUGGUCAAGUGAUAGCACUCAAGUAGCUAUGGCUUGUAGUAAUGGAACUGUGUUAACAGGGCAUAUAAUAGACAGGAGAUUGGAAUGGAAUAAUUACGAAGUCACGUUGGUCAAAAGAAAAGUGAUCGAAGUCAGAGACGUUGGCAAUGAGAUACGAGAGACGCUAGAUAUAUCGGAUCGCGUGGUUCAGCUGGAAUUUGCUUUUGACUAUUUAGUCGUAAUUACACCGGCGCAGUGUCACGUUUACUCAGUAGUAAAUUGGAAUACUCCGGCUAUAUUCGAUUUAAAAAACACUAGUGUAUCGGCGGUGCUUCUCGCAGAAAAACACUUUUUGUUAGUUGAAUGGAAUAGCGUAUCGUUGUACAGUUACCAAGGCCGUUUAUUAGGAACUCCAAAAUGGAAAGGAAUGACGCAGGAACGACUUUAUCCUCCUUGCGUGUCGCUCUGUUCCGAUACUUUAGUUAUACGAUCGCAAAGUAACGAGAAACUUCUUCACGUGUUGGAAGUGGCUUACAAUAAACCUAUAGUUGAAAGCCAAAGUUACACGCAUCUUCAAGGUAUUACAAGAGCAGCAUUGAAUUAUAUCGGUGGAAUAACUGACCGACAGGUAGCAUUAAUCGAUGUGAAUAAAGAUUUGUUUCUAGUCUCUAUACGAAUCCCUGGUUUCGGCAGAGUGUGUAAAAUAGCCGCUAUGGCGCAAGAUAUUGCAUGGGCGACUGAUGCGAAUGUUUUAGCAGCGAUGUUGGAUGCGACGUUAUCUGUGUGGCUGUGUCCUAAUUGCGUGCACUAUAGCGAUCGCAAAAUUAUACGAAAGACAAGGAUCGACAAAGAAAGCAGUGAGUUUGGUAAGCAACCAAGUAUUGCUAACGUUUAUAAUGGGAUGGUAAUGAUACGGCGUGGCGACGGAGCGUUAGUAGCUUCUUCUUUUUAUACUUUUUUCAUUAGUCUCCAUCAACAUAUACUGAACAAAAGAUGGAAGGAAGCACUAUCUCUUUGUCGAGUUGCUCAGAAUGAAAUACUGUGGACUUGCAUGGCUGUUAUGGCAACAGACAAUAAGGAAUUGAACGCCGCGGAAGAAGCAUACGCAGCAAUUUCGCGAUAUGAUAAAGUCGAUUACAUUCAGUAUAUAAAGAGUUUACCAAAUAAAACAGAAAGAUUGGCGGAAAUGGCGCUUCUGUCGGGAGAUCUAUUGACCACAGAAGGUAUACUUUUGCAAAACGGAUUAACAGAGGAAGCUGUACGAAUUAACAUUGAAGUAUACAAUUGGAAUAGAGCACUGGAAUUAGCGAUCAGGCAUAAGAAGCAAUUGGACGAGGUACUAAAUGCAAGGAAAAGAUAUCUUCAAGUAAUCAAUAAAAAAGAAACAAAUCAAAAUUUUCUUGCAUAUAUGGCGAACGUUGCAAAGGCACAACAGUGAGACAAAAAUUGUUUUCACCAGGAAGCUGCUGAGAAGAUUUCGCUUAAACGAGAAGAAACUGAAUUACCAGAAGUAGAAAUACAAAAAAGCGAAACGCCGGAACAAGAAAUGACUAUCUGAAGGCACAACAGUAUUAUCAUUUAUA